UAACAGUCAAGUGAUUUCUAUAAGAGGGAUGGGCGGGCUUGGUAAAACCACACUCGCAAGACAAGUUUUCAAUCAUGAGACUAUAAAAAGUCAUUUUCCAGGACUGGCAUGGGUAUGUGUUUCACAACGGUUUACAAGAAAGUAUGUGUGGCAGGCGAUCUUACGACAACUCAGGCCAGAAUACAAGGUGUUAGAGAUGACAGAAGAAGAACUUCAAGAAAAGCUCGUCCGAGUGUUGGAAACACAAAAUGCUUUAAUCGUAAUUGAUGAUAUAUGGAGAGAAGGAGACGGGGACCGAAUCAAGCAUGUGUUUCUUCCUAAAAAAGGAUGGAAGGUGAUACUUACUUCUCGCAAUGCAGGAGUAGCAUUACAUGCAGAUCCAAAGUGCGUCACCUUCAAACCAGAUUAUCUAACAUGUGAAGACAGUUGGAAUCUUUUUAAAAGAAUAGCAUUUCCUAUGGAAGACACAACUGAAUAUAAGAUUGAUGAAGACAUGGAAGUGAUGGGAAAGAAGAUGAUGGAGCAUUGUGGAGGUCUACCACUGGCUUUAAAAGUGCUAGGUGGGUUGUUAGCUGGGCAAUACACAUUGUAUGAGUGGAAACGGGUUUAUGAAAAUAUUGGAUCUCACAUCGUUGGAGGGACUACGUUCAGUGACAGAAAUAUCAGUUCAGUUUUCCAUGUUUUGUAUCUGAGCUUCGACGAGCUGCCUAUUUAUUUGAAGCAUUGCUUCCUAUACCUAGCUCACUUUCCCGAAGAUUAUGCAAUAAAUGUGGAGAAAUUGUCCUAUUACUGGGCUGUAGAAGGAAUAUCAAGGCCGAGGUAUUACGAUGGAGUGAACAUCCGUGAUGUCGCAGAUGGAUAUAUCGAAGAACUGGUGAAGAGAAACAUGGUUAUUUCUGAAAGAGACGUUAUGACUUCAAGAUUCGAAACAUGUCAGUUGCAUGACACGAUGAGAGAAGUUUGUUUAUAUAAAGCUGAAGAGGAGAAUUUUCUACAAGUUGUUCAAGGAACAUCACCUGCAAACUCUUAUUCUCCUUGUAAAUCUCGCAGACUCGCUGUACAUUGGCCUGAUAAAACAUUUAAUGUGGAGAAGGAGGUGACGAAUGCAAGCCUUAGAACUCUCUUGUUUAUCAUGAGUGAAGAGUGGAAGGCGACGAGUUUAUUCUUAAAAAAUCUGAAGUUGAUGAGAGUUUUAGAUCUAUCUUCUGUCAAGUUUGAAAGAGGGAAGUUACCCUCUAGCAUUGGAAAGCUCAUUCACUUGAGAUAUCUAAGUUUAUAUGAGGCACAUGUAACUCAUCUACCUUCUUCAAUGCGGAAUCUGAAGCAGCUGCUCUAUUUAAAUCUCUAUGUGCAUACAACAGGAACGUACUUGCCCAAUUUCUUGAAAGAGAUGCGAGAGUUGACAUACUUGUAUCUGCCGCGGGAGAUACAUAAGAAAGUAAAGAUAGAGUUGGGUAAUCUGGUCAACUUGGAGACAUUAAAGAAUUUCUCAACAGAGCAUGGGAAUGGGAUGGAUCUCCAAGGCAUGACACGGCUCAGGGCCCUCUCUAUCUAUAUCAGAGGUAAAGGGUGUACCAUAGAAACUCUAUCUUCGUCUCUAAAUAAAAUUCCACACUUGGAGAAUCUAAUUAUAGAUAACAAGUUUUGUGCUCCCACAAACGAUGACAAUGAAGAAGGACUUGUUUUGGAUUGCGUUCAUCUCAGACAGCUGAAGUUGGAGAUAUAUAUGCCAAGAUUACCUGAUGCGCAACACUUUCCUUCUCACCUUACAACCAUAUCUCUAAUUGCUUGUCGUUUGAAGGAGGAUCCAAUGCAGAUUCUAGAGAAGCUGGUGCACUUCAAAGAGGUGUAUUUAGGGGCACAAUCUUUCUGUGGAAGGAUAAUGGUUUGCUCGAGGGGUGGGUUUCCUCAAUUGCAUAAGCUUAAAUUAUGGAGAUUAGAUGAGUUGGAAGAGUGGAUAGUUGAAGAAGGCUCCAUGCCCCUUCUCCAUAUUCUCUCUAUUAGGGCUUGUGGAAACUUAAAGGAAUUUCCUGAUGGGCUUCGAUUCAUUACUUCCUUGGAGGAUCUGAGUGUUGAAUAUAUGGGAGAGGAAUGGAAGAAGAGAUUGUACUUUCCUUCUCAUCUUACAACCAUAUGUCUAGUUCAUUGUCGUUUGGAGGAGGAUCCAAUGCCAAUUCUAGAAAAGUUGCUUCAGUUGAAAGAGGAGCUAGAAUUAUUAGGACUAGACGAGUUGGAAGAGUGGAUAGUAGAAGAAGGCUCCAUGCCCUUUCUCCAUUGUCUGAUUAUUCGUAAAUGUCAUAAGUUAAAGGAGCUUCCUGAUGGUCUGCGAUUCAUCACUUCUUUAAAAGAUCUGACUUGUUAUGAUAAGGGAGAGCAAUGGAGGAAGAGAUUGUCGGAAGGAGGAGAAGAUUACUACAAAGUCCAACACAUUCCUUCUGUUACAUUCUAAGUAAAAUAUUAUUUUAAGCAAUGCUGAAUCAGCUGAAGGAGACUUUCAAAUCUAUCAUUUAAUAAUAACGUCUCGGCA